AGCAGCAGCAGCACGCUCGUCAGCUGCUUCGUCGCGUUUCCGUGUUUCAGAUCACUCGAUGGUUUCGGCUGCGUGUUGAGGAGCGUUUAGGAGAUUUUUGUGUGGUCGAAAUCAAGAUUUUAGAGCUCAGACACAAGCUCAGCAUUCGUCUGCUGUACAGAGCUUCAAAUCCGCUCAGAUAUGGAUAAAUCACGAGUGUUUGUGUCGAUGUGGGGCUUCCUGCUGAUGUGUGUCGCAUUCAGUCUUACUGAAGCAGCAGCAACAACAACAACUCAUCCAGCUGUCCACAAACCAUGCAACACUCAGACUUCCUGUGAGCUGUGCCUGGCCAAUGUUUCGUGUUUGUGGUGCCAGACGAACAGCAGCUGCUCAGAUUAUCCGGUGUCGUAUGUGAUUCCUCCGGCCUCGGUGUGUGCGCUCUCUCAGGCGCGCUGGGGUGUUUGCUGGGUGAACUUCGAGGCUCUGAUCAUCGCGAUGGCUGUGGUGUGUGGGACUCUGCUGCUGGCCGUCUCCGUCUGCUGCUGCUGCUGCUGCUGUAAACGCAGACGCUCGUCCAGUUUAGACCGUGAGGAAGAGCAGUUUGCCCGGAGAAGAGAGGAGAUCAGACAGCGAUCAGAAGAGCGGAAGGCGGAGAGGAAGGGGAAACAUGAUGAAAUCCGCAAGAAGUAUGGUAAGUCCCGUCAGUCCUGUGCUUCUGUCAUUAAUAUUCACAAGCGUUUAGUCACAUCUACUCAUUAUGACACUUUUCUGCAUUUUAGAGAAAUAGUAGUGUCAUAAAAGCUAUGAAAUAAC